GCUCAUCCAGACCGAUCAAGUUUUUGAAUUGGGGGUUGUUUUGCGGUUUUGAGCGAGGGUUUUGGUUUCGGAUCCAACUCCGGUCGCUGACGAUCACUGACCAUACGAAUACUUACAUGAAGCUUUGCUUGUAGUGGUCCAUGCCAGAUACCUGACAAGGGGGUUUUACUUUUGCUCGCAACCGCAUAGCCAAGGCCGAGAAUACACGUGCGUACCUAUGCAACUGCACCGAACGACAACACGGCACUGCUAUGAAGCCUUAAAAUCGUAGGAGCAAACCCAGAAGAUGAGCGUCGUAGGAUCUCCGUGAUAUUUUCCUCAUCCUCACCAUCCAUCCAAUUCUCCUGUUUGUCCGUAUUCCCCAGAAACUCAGAUCCUCCCAAUUCAUGUUCCCUUCCCAAACCACCACCUCACCAUGGCCACCACCACCCAACUCGACUUCUCCCUCUUCCACAGCGCCAACCCAACCGUCCGCACCUCCUUCUGCAAGAAACUCGUCACCACUCUCUAUCAAAAUGGUUUCGCCAGGCUAAUCAACCACGGCGUUGUUCCCUCGUCGGAAAUCGACAAGGCUUUUGAAACCAGCCGCAAAUUCUUCCACCUCCCCCUCUCCCAAAAACUCCUCUCCCCCCACCCCGCCUCCGUCCACCCCCACAGGGGUUACUCGGCUUUCGGGAUCGAGAACGUCUCAGCCGCAUCCAAGACUUUUGAGAGUGAUUCACCACCAAUCCCGAUGCUUAAAGACAUGAAAGAAUCCUACGACAUGGGUUCCCCGCUCGACCCGCUUUACGCCAACAUUUGGCCUCCUGGGGGGGUGUACGAUGAUUUCCAGAAAGUGAUGGAGAGGUUUUUUGGGGUUUGUUAUCGGGCGGAGUUGGAGGUUUUGGAGGCUUUGGAGGUUGGGUUGGGGCUGGGGCUGCUGGCUGGAAGUGGAAACGGGGGUGGGGGUGGGGGGGGAUUAAGGGACUUGCAUAGGGAUGGAACGAAUGAAUUGCGAUUGACGCAUUAUCCGCCUGUUAGGGUGGGGGAGUUUGGGGGGUUUGGGUUUGGAUCUGGGGGGGAGGACGACGGGGAUGGGAAAGGAAACGAAGCAAGGAAGACGAGGAUAGCGGCCCAUACGGACUUUGGGAGUGUGACGUUGUUGUUUCAGGAUAGUGUUGGGGGACUUCAAGCAGCCCUCCCCCCCAAAUCCUCCAACUUCAUCGAGAUCGAAUCAGGAAACCCGCACGAGAUCAUCCUGCUCGUGGGCGACUGUCUCGAGAAGUUGACGGGGUUGCCGGCGUGUAGACAUCGGGUGCAUUUACCUGAUGCGCUGAAGACCGAAAAAGAGGGAGAGGAGGGGGAGGGAGAAGUGGACGCGAGGUUCAGUAUUGCGUACUUUGGGAAGCCGGAUAGGGAGGCGAGUUUGAGGCCUUUGGUGGAGGGAUUGGUGAGAGAAGGAGUGGAGAAGUACAUGACGGCCGGAGAGUUUCAGGAGAUGAGGAUUCAGGGGACUUAUUAG